CGCCGAUGAUAUAGUGAGGAGAGAGGAGGCGGUGGUACUGUUACCUAAGAAAAAUUACGAUUUUAUUUACCGCCGUUAUUGUAGGAGAAAAGCUGAAGAAUAAAAGACCCGAAAAACACGAAUAACUGCGAUAGUAGAAAAUAAAAAAUUUCCAAGCCUGUUAUCAAUCGCUGAAUUAAUUGUCACCAUAUACUCGUGUAAAGUCCUAGUCCAUCGAGAGUUGAUCAAGAACGGAGAAUCGAAAACUAACGAUGGAGGAUCAAUUGCAGGCGAUAUCGUUCGCGAAUAGUUAUUUUUCGCUGGUCGAUGGUCUCGCGCCUGGUCUCGAGGACCAUUUGGACGAGAAUGUCGUUCUCGAUUGGUUCGGAAAAACCAUCAGAGGACGUGAAAACGUUACCGCAUUUAUGAAGGCCCACAACGCAGCGAGAUUUUCACGCCACAAGUUCAACAGAAUUUCACCCGUGCCAGGCAUCGUUUACAGAAAAUCCCAAGCUACAAGCGUGCAGAGAAGCAGGCGAACCGCACAGGAGAAAAACGAUAAUUCAAUUUCGUUGAAAAACGAUCAUCAGCUGAACUUUGAGAGACUUUCGAUCAGCGACCCCGACAACAAUAACGUGCUGAUUAAUCCUGAAAUUUUCGAUCUCGAAGAAAAUGAGAAAAAAAUAUCUAAGACCGAAGAGUUGUCAAUGAGUUUUGAACUCCACGAGAACGAUCUAGCGAAUCUAUUCGCGUUGGAUGUAACGCCCACGAAAGCCGAGGAGAUAGAGGAUAACAUAAAUAAAAUCAAAGAGGAAGAGAAAUCCUGCGGCAGGACUAAAUUCGUGAGAAGAGAAUACGACGAUCUCGGCGCGGUUCAAGAUCUCGUAGAAUCGAAAAGCAUCAAAUACGUCGAAGCGAUCGGUCAGAUAAAAUUUUCGAAACGUUCGUCGAAGAGGGGAACCGAAUUUCAGACAUGGCAGCGGCAGAGCAAGAUACAAAUCGCUUAUUCUAUGAUCACGAGUGAAUUUAUAAAAAAUUCAACGACCGACGAUAACCAGGACGAAUUUUUCCAGGGGAUGGAAACCGACCCCGAGCCUCCGAGUUUCGAAAAAGCCCGCGUUCGAUCCGCCGGACUUUUACCGAGUCUUGACGAGAUCGCAGAGAUCAGCAACAAUUUGGUACCGAACAUAAAUAAUUUCGGGGGUUACCUAACCAGCUUCGAUUUUGUCGGGGAACGCGACAAUUUUUUGGAAAAUUUCAACGCCGAAUUGGCCGUGAGAAAAUCACCGAGUUAUCUGAGAACUCCGCAGUACAUCGACAACCGAUUGGUCUUCAGAGAUUCGAAUAAUCAGAAAAAAGUUACAACCCGUCAACCGAAUCAAUAUCAAGGGAACGGAUUUGUGUUCAAUUAUCUGAUACACUUGAUCAUAUACCAGGCGGGCGCGGGGUGCAGGAGAAGCCUGUCCCAGGAAUUCAAUUAAAUUUUGCAAUAUUUUUUUUUUCCACGUCGUUACAGUCGAAAUCUGAAUCGACUAGAAUUUUUUUCUGUUUUACAAUUUUUUUUUAGUUCACGCCGCGACUGGUUUGCUGCGUUCGUAUCGAAUUUAUUACUUUAUUUUACUUUUUUUUUCGUUCGAAUCGAAAUUUAUUUUUUUCUUCUUUUCAAUUUUUUGGUUGAUUCCUCGAAAUCUUAUUCACAGUUUUCGAAUAGAUUAUAAGCCCAUGUAUACCGUUUAAUGAUCUCGUUAGUUAUAAGCGAGUCUUAUAUAUUUCGUAGCCAUUUAUUUUAUACGUAUAUCUAUAAUUAAUUCGUAAAGAGAUAUUAAAAAUUAUAUUAUUAUAUACACGAAUUAUUAUUAACGAUCGUUCAAUGAUACCAUAUAGUCUAUUCUACAUUAUAUAAGAUAUAAUAAUUAAUUAUAGAAUUACCUCUGUGAUACUUAUUACGAGAUUAUGAUUCAUCGAAUUUAUUAUUGAAUAUUGAGAACGCAAUUAUUAUUCUUUGAUUGUUACACACGAAUCGAUCAGUUAAUUUUCAUUGAUUAUUAGUCUUUUUUUUUUCUAGUUAUUACCUUCAAAUUGUUAUUCGAGAGAAAUAAAGAUAAUUAAAUAAACGAAAUAACACAUACGAUUGAA